CAGAAUGUAGAGAAGCGCAGAGCUCAACAUCAGCCAUUGAAAGUACUGGAUUUAAUUGGUCAGCCCUCAGAAUGACUUUGCUGAGCUGUAUCAUCAUUCAGAUACUCUGGGCUUUCUCUGCUAAGGGACAAGCUCCAGCAUGUGAAGAGCCACCUGCCAUAGAUUUUGGGGGGAUUGUUAGUGAUGACAAAUCGGAGUAUAGAGAAAGUGACAAAGUGCAGUACAAGUGCAAUCCUGGAUACAGCCUGAUGGAAACUGAAUGGAUCACAUGCACUGGGAAAACCUGGACACCUGCACCACAGUGUUUGGCACCAUGUAGCCUCACAAAACAGCAACUGGAGAUCAAAAAUCUGCUUCUGUCCAAUGGCCGAAGACAUGCACAGUUGAUUCAGAGUGACCACACACUGGAAUUUAUGUGCAGUGAAGGAUAUACCCUCACAACCCCUUCAGUCAGGAAGUGUGUUAAUGGGCACAUGGAUUUGCCUUCAUGCAUCUCUGAAAUAGGAAAAAACUGUAGCCGUCCACCUACUAUUGAGAAUGGAGACAUAACUACUUUCUUGGAAAAAGGAUACACAUCUGGCUCCUUUGUAGAAUUCAAAUGCCAAAAAUUUUAUGCAAUGGAAGGACAGAACAGAUCUUUUUGUGACAAUGGGAAUUGGACAAAAGCAUCACUUUGUUUAGAGCCAUGUGCUAUCUCAGUGGAAGAAAUGGAAAACCACAUGGUAGAGCUGAAUGGGAGAACAAAAGAGAACAUAUUGCAAUGGGUGUACCUAAAACGUGGUGAUUUUCUUGAGCUUCGCUGCAAACCAGGAUACGCACUUGCAACUAAUUUAUCUCAAUCUACUUUUAUGGUGCAGUGCAAUGGAAAUUCAGUUGUCUAUCCGGAAUGCAAAGAAAUUGUAUGUGAUCCUCCAGGAGUGGUUAAUGGUAGAUUCAGACCUCAAAGGAACAUGUAUAGGGAUGGUGAUGUCCUUAUAAUUACGUGUAAUCAUGGAUUUCACAUUAAUAAUGAACAAGAUACAGCUGAAUGCACAAAGAAUGGCUGGUUGCCUCCUCCAGGUUGUAGCACCAUGGUACCAACCAUCGGGCCCCUUCCUAUUGCAAUGGCCAUACUGGGAACCUUGGUAGUUACCUCUAAUGUGACCUACCAGCAACCAAGGAAACACCCUCCUUCAGCUGCUGCCUUGAGGGCUUCUGAACCCCUUGAACAGGCAAAGAAGGAACUGGAGACCAAAGUUGAGGAGGAAGUUAAUCCUCAAGCCCACUUCUCGUCGUCAUCACCAGAUAAGAUGGUGAUGCCCCCUCUGCCAUCUAUGGCAGAUGAUUUUAAACUGUUCCAGGACUUGGAACAGAUGGUGGCAGAAGCGCUACAAAUACCUUUGCAAGAGAUGACAGAGUCGCACCACAAGCUGGUGGAUAUUUUACAUUUACAUGAUCUUCUGCAUUUAGAGUACAAGUUAUGUACAACAUUCCCAGAAGAUAUGGAGAAAAACAAUAUUGGGCUGAAAUGGAGCUCGAAAACAAGAGUGAAUUUAGAAAGUGGAGACUUUGUUGAAUUUGACUGUAAAAAUGGAUAUGUGAGAGAUCCAACAUCUUCUGAAUUUAGAGUACAGUGUGUGGAGGGGAAAUUGGCAUAUCCUAAGUGUAAGAAAAGAGAGUUAUGUACAACAUUCCCAGAAGAUAUGGAGAAAAACAAUAUUGGGCUGAAAUGGAGCUCGAAAACAAGAGUGAAUUUAGAAAGUGGAGACUUUGUUGAAUUUGACUGUAAAAAUGGAUAUGUGAGAGAUCCAACAUCUUCUGAAUUUAGAGUACAGUGUGUGGAGGGGAAAUUGGCAUAUCCUAAGUGUAAGAAAAGAGAGCCAUGUACAACAUCCCCAGAAGAUAUGGAGAAAAACAAUAUUGGGCUGAAAUGGAGCUUGAAAACACAGCUUAAUUUAGAAAGUGGAAACUUUGUUGAAUUUGACUGUAAAAAUGGAUAUGUGAGGGAUCCAACAUCUUCUGCAUUUAGAGUACAGUGUGUGGAGGGAAAAUUGGCAUAUCCUAAAUGUAAGAGAAGAGGUAAGUGAUCUCCAAGUAAGCUACAAUUCUGGUGAAUCAUCUGACUAAAACAUUUGUUAAAAUUUUUACCAAGAUUUUCUCAGGUUUAAAAAAAUGCAAUGGCACCAUUGUGAUGGGUGCCAUAAAAACAUGUGGGAAAUCAUGGUUCCUGACCCAGACAGCUUGCAAUCUAAAUAGAGAAGACAAAUGGUCGGUUAAAGAGAUACACUGGUUACUUUGUUUGUGAGCUCUAUUACUUGAGCUGGGAUAAUCUCCCUCUGACAUCUGGGUCUCUUUCGGUUACCAACAGAGCAGAAAAGUUUUGUAAGUUUCCUGUCUUACCCAAAUU